CAUCAUCAUGGAUCAGAAUCUGAGUGAGAAUGCCUUGCGAGAGCUUGAGCAGGAGUUGCACACGGAGAUCUAUCCAGGCACGGAGAUCAUGACAGAUGUUGGAACUCAUCACUUUGUGAAAUCUCAAGGGCGUUCGGUGCUGGUUCCACAGCCCAGCGACAACGAGCAUGACCCCCUCAAUUGGAGUCCCAUGUGGAAGGGCUUGACAAUCUUCUGCGCGACGCUGGUUUCGUUCUCUGAAGGGAUGGGGCCACUAGCCUUGGCGCCUAUGUUCGGAGACUAUAUCGAGGCUUUCGACUCAAACCUGACGGACGUUGUGCAAUUUACCGGCAUUGCGAUUCUGGUUCUCGGGUUCAGUAAUUUCUUCUGGAUCCCUAUUCAGACGUGUUUUGGUAGACGCCCGGUCCUUAUUUUCUCUUGUUUGAUCUGCUUCGGCAGUAGUAUCUGGAGAGCAAAAGCAAAUUCGUAUGGCAGCUUUAUGGGGGCUUGUGUACUCAAUGGAUUUGGCGCUGGGCCAGCUGAAGCCACGCAGCCAACGAUCAUCGCAGAUGUGAUCUUCCUGCAUGAUCGAGGGAAAUACCAAACUCUAUACUUUGCGUUUUAUUUCGGUUCGCUCAUGGUCGGGCCCAUUAUCGCAGGUCCAAUGUCCAAUGCUGUAGGGUGGAGGAAUUUCUGGUGGCUCAAUACAGCGCUCUUAGGAUUCGCCACGAUAUGCACGAUCUUCCUAUUCCCCGAGACCAAAUUCAACCGGGACUUCGUACCUCCCCAGAGUGCCGUACCGUCACCACCUCUAAAAGCAGGCUCUGCGGAGCAGGUUGAAAAACAGUCUGUUAAUUCAGGAGGGGAUGAGAAGCUCGCCCAUGUCCAUACACAUCAGGAUCCUUGGCUUGGCCGUGGCAAGCCCUCGAAAGCCCAAUGGAAAAUUGCGCAGCCUUAUGAAGGCAAUCUUAUCAUGGAAUUUCUGCUCCCCUGGAAAAUGUUCUUCUUCCCCAUCGUCCAAUUCCCUGCGUUCGUCGUAUCGUGGUCCGCAUCUUCUUUCCUUACUCUCAACCUUACGCAAUCGCAAGUAUUUGCAGCACCGCCGUAUAACUUCUCGACGACCUCGAUCGGAUUCACUAAUUUUGCUAUCUUGAUCGGUGCCUUGAUUGGGCUCUUUACUGCCGGACCACUGAGCGAUAUGAUAGCGGCGAGGUUGACGAAGAGAAAUAAUGGAGUCAGGGAGCCGGAGAUGAGAUUACCGGCCAUGAUUCCGUACAUCAUUCUGAUGAUCGUGGGUAAUAUUGUUGUGGCGCUUGGCUAUGAGCAUCAGUGGGAUUGGAGGGUUAUUGUGAUAAUCGGAUACACGUGCGCGGGUAUCCAAGUUGCAGCACUCCCGCCUAUCUCUUCGACAUAUGCCGUUGAUUCGUACAAGCCCGUGGCUGGCUCCAUCUUUGUAGCCAUCACCGUCAACAAGAACGUGUGGGGAUAUGGUUUCUCGAAGUUCAUAACGCCUUGGAUCCUCAAGAGCGGGUAUAUACCUCCAAUAAUGACGAAUAUGUCGCUGGUUACAGUGUGGUCUUGCUGUGGAAUCAUUUUCUGGUUCUUCGGGAAGACGUUCAGGAAAUGGACACGCAACUCGAAGGUCCAUAAAAUGUGAGAUGAG